ACUGCGCAGGUGCGCGCCAGAGGCGCGGCCUUCUCACCCCCACGCGGAUCUCGCUGCGUGAGGGUGGGAAGGCGAUCGCGGGCCUGACUGCAGGUGGAACCCGGGGCCGCGCGAGCCGGCGGAGGUCUCAGAGACCUCGCGAGAGGGGCGCGGGCGAGGCCCCGCGGGACGGCCGUUGCGAGCGCGGUGGCGGCGGGCCUGGCCUGUGCUGGACGGAGCCCGCGAGUGUGGGCCCGGGGGGCCGAGGCCGCGCGCUGCGAAGGCGAGCCAGCCGCAACCCCCAUGCUGUGAGUCCUGAAGGCGAGCCCUCUGGACCUGGCCGCUCCCUAGGCCACGCCCCAGCCUGGGAAGAUGGAGGGGGACCGGCGGACCAGUCCGCCCAGCCAGAGCCUGCUUCCCGAUGGCCACUUGGUCCUAUGGACGCUGUUCUCCGUGCUGCUGCCGGUGUUCAUCACCUUCUGGUGUAGCCUUCAGCGGUCGCGCCGGCAACUGCAUCGCAGGGACAUCUUCCGCAAGAGCAAGCACUGCUGGCGUGACACCGACCUGUUCAGCCACCCCACCUACUGCUGCGUGUGCGGGCAGCACAUCCUUCAGGGAGCCUUCUGCGACUGCUGCGGGCUCCGCGUGGACGAGGGCUGCCUCAAGAAGGCGGACAAGCGCUUCCCGUGCAAGGAGAUCAUGCUCAAGAACGACGGCCGGGCCACAGAUGUCAUGCCUCACCACUGGAUCCGCGGCAACGUGCCCCUGUGCUCUUACUGUGUCGUCUGCAAGCAGCAGUGCGGCAGCCAGCCUAAGCUCUGCGAUUACAGGUGCAUUUGGUGCCAGAAAACAGUCCAUGAUGAGUGCAUGAAGAGCAGCUUAAAGAAUGAAAAGUGUGACUUUGGAGAAUUCAGAAAUCUCAUCAUCCCACCAGGUUAUUUGGCGUCCAUUAACCAGAUGCGUAAAGACAAAAGGACAGAUUAUGAAGCGCUGGCUUCUAAGUUUGGAAAGCAGUGGACCCCAUUAAUAAUCCUGGCCAACUCUCGCAGUGGAACUAACAUGGGAGAAGGACUGUUGGGAGAGUUUAGGAUCCUGUUAAAUCCAGUCCAGGUGUUCGAUGUAACUAAAACGCCCCCAAUCAAAGCCCUGCAGCUGUGCGCUCUUCUUCCUUAUCACUCAGUUCGCGUCCUUGUUUGCGGAGGGGACGGAACUGUGGGCUGGGUCCUCGAUGCAGUUGAUGAAAUGAAGAUUAAGGGACAAGAAAAGUACAUUCCACAGGUUGCAGUCUUACCUCUGGGAACAGGCAACGAUCUGUCCAAUACCCUGGGUUGGGGUACAGGCUAUGCUGGAGAAAUCCCGGUCGCACAGGUCUUAAGAAAUGUAAUGGAAGCAGAUGGAAUCAAGCUAGACCGAUGGAAAGUGCAAGUAACAAAUAAAGGAUACUACAAUUUAAGAAAACCCAAGGAGUUCACAAUGAACAACUACUUCUCUGUUGGACCUGAUGCCCUCAUGGCUCUCAAUUUUCACGCUCAUCGUGAGAAGUCACCGUCUCUGUUUUCCAGCAGAAUUCUUAACAAGGCUGUCUAUUUAUUCUAUGGAACUAAAGAUUGUUUAGUGCAAGAGUGUAAAGAUUUGAAUAAAAAAAUUGAGCUAGAACUGGAUGGUGAGCGAGUUGAACUGCCUAAUUUGGAAGGUAUUAUCGUUCUGAACAUUGGCUACUGGGGCGGCGGCUGCAGACUGUGGGAAGGAAUGGGAGACGAGACUUACCCUCUAGCCAGGCAUGAUGAUGGUUUGCUGGAAGUCGUUGGAGUGUAUGGGUCUUUCCACUGUGCUCAAAUCCAAGUGAAACUGGCAAAUCCUUUUCGAAUAGGACAAGCACACACAGUGCGGCUGAUUUUGAAGUGCUCGAUGAUGCCAAUGCAGGUGGAUGGGGAGCCUUGGGCCCAGGGACCCUGUACUGUCACCAUAACACACAAGACACAUGCUUUGAUGCUCUGCUUCUCUGGGGAGCAGUCGGAUGACGACAUCUCAAGUGCCUCGGAUCAAGAGGACGCUAAGAAAGCUGAGUAGGAUGAGCUGAAGCAGCAGCUGCACAAACCAUAGACGCGUGGUCGCCCACAGGAAGUGCUGUUAGCACUCGUCUUCAUUUCAUUCCUGGUGUGAUGGGUGUGAGCUUAUGAAACAGCAUUUCCACAGCUAGACUUCAGUGUCACAAACACCUUCGCUCAUCCUUUAUUACUAACUUUGGAAAAACACGCAAAUUUGCACGGAGAUGAACUGUUUUUCCUGACUGGGUGUUUUGAGACUGGCGCCCACUGCAGCAUGCACUGUCUUGAGUGACAGUUGAUAGACAGAGUGAGGAUGAGAAGAUCAUUUCCCUCUUAGUUUUUGCACUGCCGUGGUUAACGCUGGGCUUUCUCCUGCAGUGUGGUUGCUAAGAUUUCCCAGCCCCCAGCCAGAUGCACCUACAUCCUGAUUUCUGGGAGCCCCUGAGGAGAAAAGAGAAAGAGCAAAGACACUUUAAGCUUUCACAGCGUGUAUUUUCUAUCAUGGCUUUUAGGCCUCUGGGUGUUUAUUUAAUGACCAUAUUGAGCUGAAAUGCAAAAUUCUUUUUUUUUUUUUUUUAAGUUGUUUUUGUUUGGGCAGUACUAGGGUUUGAACCUAGGUCCUCUGGAAGGAAGUGUAGACAGACAGAUGCUCUACUACUGAACUGCACUCCCAGUCCCGUGUGUGUGUGUGUGUGUGUGUGUGUGUGUGUGUGUGUGUAUGUGUGUUGGGUGGUUGGGUCUAAAGUAAGAUUAAGAGCACUUUGGGUUGGGAGCUCUAUAAUUCACCAGCUUCUCUGUUGAUUAAAAGAUAGUGUUGACAGUGGGGAAAAAUACACAUAAGGGAAGCUUCUGAGUUUGAUUAAUUAUUCAAAAAACAAUGCUAGGCUGACUGCCUUCGCAUCAAGUGAGCAGUCUUGUGCCGUGAAACACUGCAGGGCUUCCGCAGCAUCAGCCUUGGAGAAGGAAGCUCUGCUGAGAUGCUUGUAUCAUAUUUAUUUCAAAAUUAGAAAGAUAUAUUUUUAACUUAAUUUAUUAUCCUUGUGGUUAGCAUUUACACUGUAUUGUACAUCUUUAGCUAGUGAAGUGGUCACGUCAGUCUGCUGGUCACAGUCACAUAGAACCCUCCUUUGGUUUCCAUGGCAUCAUACUCACUGUGCUCAUUUCUCAGGCUUGAAAAGGGAAGGCACAUGAAGACCUUGGGGUAACAAGCUUGGUUUCAUCGCACCUCCACCCUCUGUUGCCAAGGACUUACUGAAAGGCAGUUCCACAGCUCUCCAUUAGAGGGUGCUCUUCUGUUGUCAGUGGCCUGCCUCUGUGGUUGGUCACACCCAUUGGGCAUCUAACCCUGUGUAUUUCUGACAAAUGGCAUGUUUGCACUUGGUGGUCUUGCAUGAAUUAAUUUCUGAAAGACUAGAAUCUAUUCCCAGAACCACCAUUUAUCUCCCGUUUAAAUGGUUUGUUAUGAAUCUACAGUCAGUGAAUUGCCAUAAACUUCAGUCUGAGUCACCUCAGGCCUAGACCAUGUGUUUUGGAAGGCCAAUUUAGUAAUGUCUAUUAAUGCAUACAUCAUUUAAAGUGAAUUUUCACUGCGAAAUUAACCUCUUCCAGGUGAUGCCAAAUUCUCCCAUUGAAAGAUGCUCCACUAGUCUAUCCCAACUCCCUCAUGCACCUUCCCUGGAUAACUGUAGCCAAGGGCAUGCGAGAGUUUGCAGCACUCCCUUGUGAACAGAUCCUGUUUGGAGUGCGAUGAACUUCAUCCUUAGAUUCGUGGUCAGGAUUGCUAAGAUGUCACCCUCUGAGGCACACUCUUACUUUUACCUGUAAUUCAUACCGCUCCUCUGCAGUGGAAACAAAUCAUUAAUUUGGAGCUAUCAAUCAGAAUCCUUCAGGUAACUCCAGAGAUGCCCUAGUUAGAGCAGGCGUGUGUCCCCUUCCCACAGCACACUAUCCUGAUUUUCUGAGGCCUUUCUCACCCCGAUCUCAUCUGCACCACGAAAUGUACAGUAUUGUUCUACAGCUCACACUUUUAGCCGCUAGUUCACCCCAGCAUUCCAGAUAAAUGUAUAGGCAUGUGCCUUGUUUGAAUACAAUUUGUAAGACUUGGUGUUUGCAAGUUAUAUAUUAGGUAGUGGUAGCUUACAUUCCCGGGGUCUCUACUUCACACACUGGGUCACCACGAGAUCCUCUGUUCCAUUUAAAGUUGUCUCGAUAGCAACAUAACUUACAUGUUCUCAGGAAAAAUUAGAAACCAUCUAUCUUCACAUCUCUUGUCUUUUUCUGCCCUGAUUCAUUCCUAAUGCCCAUACACUUAAUGGCUUAAACACCAAAUACCUGGCAGCUCCUCUCGGUCCUUAGACAGAUAGUUUCUAAUGCUUUAUUAUAUUAUAUAUAUAUAUGUAUAUAUAUUAAAUCAGAGGCACUUCUCGAACAGAAGUUGCCCAACGGUGAGGCCACUAAAUAUAAAUGUUCUGAAUUUUCUGUAACUCUUCGCUGUGAACGUGUAAUGUAGCUGAUAUUUAUAAACAUUUUAUAGUGAAACUAUUUUAUUUUUUUAGAGUAUGAAAUCUGUAGUAGUUGCCUUUUGAACAUUUGUGUACCUGGUUGUAACAUAGACUGACUCAGAAAAGUUCUUAUCUGUGCUGUAAACUGGGUGCUUCUACCAGCAUGUCAAAAAGAGGCAUUUUCAUCUGUAAUAUAAAGUCAAAUAUUUCUAAUGUACACUGUGGGUUUUUUAAUUUGCCCUAGUUAGAAAACUUGAAAGAUUAUGUUAAUUUGCACAUCGAUGUGAACUUAAAUACAUAAUCUUACCAGAAAAGUCUAUAGAAGAUGAUUUUGUGACACUUUUGUUCAAAAUGGUAAUUCUGAAGCAAGAAGCCAGCGCUUUAUAUUCAGAAAUGCUCGGGUAGGAUCUCUGUGGGGGGGGGGGUAAUUUGAUUUUUGUGACUUUCUUUUUUAUAAACUUCUGUACAGUGUAGGACAGGAAAUGUUAAAUAGACAUUAUUAUUUAGAAAA